UUUAAGCCACUCUUGGAAAUGAUUUGAGCUUCAACUGAAGCAGUCGACCACGUUUCAAGAUGUCUUUGUUUAACGUCUUGGUUCUCUUCGUGUAUUUGCAAUUGUCAACGAUAAUUUUUGGUCAUGAAAAUUCAACGAAUAAUGAUGAAGUAAAUGGAAAAAAUAUAAGUAUUGUCUCUUGCCAAAAAAUUCAAUUCGAUGAAAUAAAAUUAGCAGACGUGUUGCAUCUAAUGCGGGAACCUGCCAUAAACACCGUUGAAAUAACAGUGACCGUUGCUUCCGCAAAUAGAACUCGAAUUUUUCCCGAAAUGGUGUGGCCCUGGGCUAGCGAAAUUGGUCGAACUUUAAUUUCUUUGAUUUCUCACGCUAAGACCAAUAUUUUCCUUUCGGCGGCGGUUUUUACCUUCCCAUUAGAAGUCGGAAUUAAAAGAGUUUCUAUUGAAGUCACGGAAGAACCCAUUGGUUGUUUACUCACGGGAAAGGAAGGAUCUGAUCUGAUUUUCAACUAUCUUUUGAAUGAUCUUUUCUUACACAUGGAAGAUAAAGAUAAAGACAAGUACUACAAGCUCUGUCGUCCGCAUGAUGUUGAAGGGCCCGUUCAGUUCAACUGUUGUCGAAUUACAGGCCGUCAUGAUGAGAACCUAAAAAUCUGUGCUGAUUAUUCUUCUAUUGUGCUUGAAUGGGCUCGUCUCUGGGUGAUAAUCAUAUUAUUUACAAUAUUCUCUUUAAUGACGUUACCUUUACUAAUGGAACACAUGUUAACGUGCCAUGAAAAAAAGUUUUACAAAACUUCUUUCAGUCAUAUGUCUCUCACUUCUAUCGUGUCAAUGAUAUUCUUUGAAGGUGAUGGGCCAGUUAAAUCCCUAUUAAGACGUUGUGUAUUCGUGGGGCUUAUGUUUAUAGUUUUUCGUCCAAACAUUUUUCAGAUUUUGUGGUUGAAAAUUGUAUUUGGUAUAUGGGCUUUUCUUUUUUGUGUAUAUGACUUUGUUGAGAUGACGUGGAAAAGAUUAAACGAGCUAAAAAACGAAAUAUAUGAACCACAGCUUGAGGAAGGCCUGAUCAAUUGUUUCACAUAUCCUUUCAUAUGCGACAAAUUUUCAAUUAAAAAGGUUCGGCUGGGUCCAAAAUGCAAGGUUCUCUUUUUCUGUGCAUUAUCUCCUAUUUGGAUAGCAUAUUGCUUACUUUGGGGGCUAUCUUAUACUUUACCUGGUCGAUUCUUAUAUUCGUUUUCUCUGUAA